AUGUUACCUCGACUGUGUCCGGAACGUUGGGUCACCACACGCGAAUACGAUCCCCAGUCGGACACAAAAAGUACGACCGAAUCAAGUGUCUCGGACAGCCAGGAAUGUUUGCCACAUCUGCGCUCGAUAGGUGUACGCGCAUUGGGACGACAUUUACCGGUUGAAGCGAACGAACUGGUUUACGUACUUGGCAAGCGGAGUCCACAGUUGUGGAAAGUGAUCAGUCAUCAUACCGGUCAGGUCGGUUGCGUACCGACAGCUAUCCUCAAACCAUGCACAGGCAAUACACGAGAGCUGACCGCCCAACGGGAUACCUCAGCCACUCCGAGCCCAGCGGUCAAAAUGAACGAUAAAGCCAAUGGGUCUCCGUCCACCGCCAAAUCACUAAUGCGCAACGGGCGUCGAGUCGAGCCCGCUUCGCUUGUCCCACCCACCUCAUGCACCCCGGACAGUAUGUACGUUUACAUAGUUUGUCAUCUGAUCCUUUGACCCGUUUCGCAGAAACUGAUUCACGCUGAACAGGUGCAUUUGAACACAGAUUCGGUGAACAUGUACACUGACGCUGCUGCUGCUGCAGAAACAGUGUCUCGCCUGACCAAACUGACGACCGGGACCGGGACACACAACGGAACCGGGAACUCUGGUACACCAGGUACUCGUGGAUCCCGCCUAACUGCAGACAAGAUCAGUUUGCCCCAGAACGAUUUUCGUCAUGUCGGUCAUGUGGGAUCGGACGGGCGUACAUUUGGCGAGUUGGGUCUCGUUGGGGUUGCUAUGGGUUCGAAU